GUCUUUCAAGUUCCCGGAUACAAUGAAGAAAAGAAAGUGAAGUGGAGUUGUGGCAUGGCGGCAAGCGGUGGGCUAUCUAAGCCAUCUGGCUUUCCAAGCUUACAGCAAGUCGUGUUUAAACGUUUUAUCUUAAAAUUCGUUCAGUCCUUGUGUAAGGAUGAUCGUACAGCAUUUAGAUAUUGGUGCAAAGGAUUAAUUCCAGUGAGAGAUUUGGAUAGAAAGGUCGAUGAUGAUGAUGAUAUUUUUAAGUUGAUUGAGUUGUUACAGGAUCAUAAUCAGUUGUUGCUUGAUGAUAUGGUCGUACUGAAAACAUUUCUGUCGGGUGCUCAGCGGUGUGAUUUGCUGAUUGAGUUAGAAAAGGCAGAAUUAAGUAUCGUGGUUGGUAAAAUCUUGGAGCAUUAUAAGGUUUUUUGUUGUCAACGUAGUGAUGGUGGUGAUUUUUAUGCGGAAGUUGUGGGGUUACUGGUUUCGAGGGUUCCUCGAAGGUUUGAACACGUACGACGAAUUUGCAGUGACAAACGUGUAUUACUUUACCUAGAUGGCGUGAUUCGUGAGUAUCUUCUGAGUUCUGGGUGUACCUGGCCGAAAGUAACUGCUGUUCUGGUGAUUUUGGCCGAGCUUUCAGUGGAGGUAGAUGACGUACAAACAUGCAUUGACUUGCUAGCAGAGAGUAUGCAGACACUUGGUGGAAUGGUAAGAGUUUAUAAUAGCAGUUACCUUUAGAUUGUAAGGCGAUAACGAAUAUGAGUACGAGGUUUUCUCAAUAUUUUUCUACUACAGUAAGCUUAUGUGUAUGGCGUACGAUCCCCGCCUAAAUUCAUGGUUUGAAUUUUAAAUUGCUCAUUUAAAUUUUCAACUUCAAAACUUGAUUUUACAGCUAAAUUCAACAUGUUACACUCUUCCUUUAGAAUUCACAUCAUUGGAAUUUACACUUGUCUUUUAGCUUUUGAACUCAACUUUUUUCAUUUGACCUUGUUCGCUGUAUAUUGUACAAACAAAUUUUUAUACACUGCUACUUUUUAUUAGGUUUAAUGCCUGAACCAGUACCAUACAAUUGACUGACAUGCUAAUUUUGCAUUCGAUGCUCACUCACCCAGGGCUCGAAAUUGCGACUCACUGGUCGCCAAUGCGACCAAAAAUUGAGCACUGGCGACUAAAUUUUCAGAACUGGUCGCCAGCUGGCGACUCGCGUUUUGUCCGAUGACUAAAGAAAACCACGACACAACUUUUGUUUUUAAAUCUUUAUAUUUGGAAAUCAAUCGGAUAUGGUAGCUAGUAUACAACUCACCUUUCCGUCCCCAGUAAAAUAAUGUCUGAAUAUUACAAGAUAAUCGACACGUCGAUACUGCGUUCAGGGCGCGCCAUAUUGUUUCAGCGGCUUCUUCCGAAACUGGGAUCGCAGGCGCACUUCAACAACAAAAAUGGUGGCAGAUACGGUGUCUCCGUAACUCCCGCAACAUUUUAGGUUUUAUUUUCCUAAAACGUUCUGUCUAAAAGGAAACGAAGACCCAAAAACUGCACUAAGCCCAUUUUUGUUUCCUCCCGGUCGGAGACUGGUACGAGCAAUGUGGUUGCGUAGAGGCCUGGGCCAAGCAUGGCGUUGUUUGUCGGCAGCGAAAGGCGUUGAGGAAAGCAAGUCGAAAAUAAAGAACGGCAUUUCGUAGAAGUAGCAAAGGGCAAAUACACAAGGACCCGUGUUUGUCUCAGAAUGAAAACCACGGACUUAAAACGUUUUAUGCUUCGCUUCAUUUAAAAUGACUAUGGAGACAACCAUCACCUUCGGACCAGAGACAUAUCACCUGAGAACAACGGUAGCUUUAUAACUAAGUGUUACUCGUGUUGUUUCUAAUUGUUUUCGCUCUUCAGUUGUGACUUUUCUUGCAUGCAAAGUAACGUAUAAAAUCGUGUUCUUGUGUAAGUUAUAUAUAAAAUAAGUUGGCGACCAAAAUUUACGAUCUGGCGACCAAAAUUUUUCCGUUAGUCGCCAGCUGGCUCCCGAACAAAAAAGUUAAUUUCGAGCCCUGUCACCGCAUUUCGCCAGUCACCGCGUCAAAUUUCAAACUCAACAUCGUAUAUUUUCAACUCAACUUUUGAAUUUUUUUUUACGCUUCAGUGAUCAUUGGUCGAGACGAAAGAAUCCUUUGUGGGGUGGGAGGUGGCAACCUUUGCGCCUCCUCCCUCCAAGUUUCUUGUCUCAGAGAUUUAGUUUCUGCUCAACAAAUGUUGUCAAAGUGCAAGUAUCUUCAAUUUUUAAGGAAAAAAAAUUCAUAAUCACGAGCAGGAUUCGAUCCUGGAGUGCCAGGUCUGCAGUCUCCUACAGUAACCACUAGCCCACCAAGGAUUCGUUAAAGUACAUUGGUUUCCUUUAAGGUGGCUCCCUAGACUAUUUACUUAUAACCCUAGCUAUCUAGCAUAAGCUACAGAAGGAAAUCUAGUUACUUUCUCUUUGCUAUUUUGUUUGCGAGAAUCACCACCAAGGUUACCCAUAUAAGAAGGCUUCUGGAUUAAGGCCAUUGCCAUGGCAACAUGGCAUGCCUAGACAGGCAGUAAUUUUGUCAUUUUUGAUCACUUUUUCUUCAUAUUUCUUAUUUCCCUAGGUGAAAUGUCUUUAAACUUUGCCACUUUAUAUUAACGAUACUGCUUAACAUUUUAAAGUGGAAAAAAACAUGUGGUCGUUAAGAUGAUUUUGCCAAGAUUUUGAAAUUUGUAAUUGUUCUUAAUAGAGGAAUUUAGCUCUUACAGAUUUUAACAAAAAAAGGACAGUACAAAGGUGCUGUAACUGUUAAGAAAUGAGGUGAUUUUUAAAAAAAUUUACCAAAGGAAACACAAGAAUUUCAUGGUUAAUUAACUGCGCUGACGUCACAAAAAUCCUAAAAACACGCGUUGUUUAGGGUCGUAUGAGCAAAAUACGCAUGCGAGCCGUCAUGCCCCCAUGCGCUUAAAGCACAUAGCUACUGAAAACAUGUGGUUUCUUCAAAAAGUUUGAAAGCCAUUGAUAAAGCCGUUCAUUAGUGUUGUUACGGUGAUAUCUCACCAGUUGAAAAAGAAAAGAUGGUGGAUUCAAUUUUACACCUAAUGUUCAAUGGAUGUUUUUUCGAAGUACUUGACUAUUGUAGCUAAAAUUCGAGCCGUGGUGGUCAAUCGUGUGGAUGGCAAUCAUCGGAGAUGAAGACGGUGGUUGUGCAGGAUUUGCAAUAAGCCCUUCAUUUCUUAAUCUGCUGUACACUGUUUGCAGAUCUUCAAAUGUCAGCCCACUUCCGGAUACUUUUUCAACCUUGUUCUUCUUUGGGGAAAAUUUCAACGGUGAGGUUUUUCUUUAAAAGUCUGCUGUAAAAAAGGCGCAGAUAUAAAAAACAUACAUUACGUCCUCAGCUGCACGUACAAGACCAUAGUUCUCGACGGACAACUAUUGCUUUCGUCAAGGGUCAAUCUGUGACUCAAAAGUUACUUUUCGUUGUGCAAAAAAUUUUUUUAGUACAUCUUGCAUGUGCAUUGAAGAACUUUUGAAACACGUUGGUUCAUCGAUGAAAAGGUUCCUUCGAUCAGGAUGCAAGUUAAGCAGGAAACCUUUUUUCUGAUAAGUUUUUUAAACAAUGUGAUAGAGUCGGCAAAACCAAAAAAAAUUUACACGGCCUGUAAUCUUGCCUUAAAGCCACUUCUAGAAUUUCUUAAAUCAAAUCAAAUGUAAGAGAAAUAAAUUGACCGAGGAGCUCUUCCGGUGAAGACAAUCUUCAGUGUUUCUUCGGGACUUGGUUCGAUCUUUCACUGACCGUGAACUAAAGGCUAGAAACAGCAACAUUGCUUCCUUCAGGAUUAGUAUACUUACUCCUUUGCUUUGUUUUGUAAGGUUUCCAUUCACCAUUUUACUUCGACUAUUUUACGUUUUUCUACUUUUGAAGGGAAAGAAUUGAUGUCUUUUGAAAAUUUUUGCUUCGUUUUUACAUACAAUUUACUCUUAUGGAGAUCGAUAGUGACUUGUAACCAAUGUAACAUUGUCUCCUCUCAUAAAUGUUUGAACUACACUAACCAAACGUUUUGUACAAUGAGCUUCAACAAAAAGUUAAUAAAGUUUUUUUUAGGGUCCCGAAUAUUUCGAAACUGAGAGGCCAUGUUUGUUUUAUUUUUGCGUGGAUGUCAUGUGGAUUUUAAAGCUUGCGUCAUACUAGUGCUCAGGUUGCGCACAACCAAUUUACUCUAGGGAGCCACCUUAAGUAGUAUAGCGAAAACCCUAACCCUAAGUAGAAGCUGACCAUUAACCCUAAUCACUAUAUAUAUUCUAUGUGCUUAACCGUAAUCAGUAUUGUUAGUGCUUAACCCUAAUCACUAUAGUCAGGGCUCACUCAUAUACAGCUAUUUAGAGAAAAGUUGUCGGAAAAAAAUGUGCACGCGACAAUCCCAAAUGGCAAUAUGGGAUAUGACCAAUACACUGUUCCUGACGACAGUAGCUGUCGAACCUACUUUUGUUGCUUUCCUUUAGCACUCGCAAAUAUAUGCCCAUGGUCUCUCGUGCUAUUCUUUCAAAUUUCUUUGAAGAACAGUGAACUCAAAACCACCCACAAUACCUAUCGGGAUUGUCGCGUGCACUUUUUCCGACAACCUUUCUCGAAAUAGCUGUAUAUGACAUUACUUUGUGUAGGCAUCACAAGGUAUCUAAGGGUGGUUUGAGAUAUGGAAACAAGCGUAUACCCAUUAACGUUAGGCACGAUUACCAGCUGCUGUUCAGUAAAUUAGCCCACACCCCUCCCCCAGACAGACGGCUGGAUGCAUGAGUUUGCUAUCGUCAAUUACCACCAAUAAGAUAAUCAAGUAGGCAACAUAAAUUUAAUUUCAAACGGUGGAUGCAAAGGUGUUGUUUGAUUUCGUGUGCGAUCAUGUUUUAGAGGCUGCAUUUUAAGCUUAAAAACCUAAAGUGUUUACAAAGAAAAGUAUUAGCUUAGAGAAGCUGGAAAAUGGUAGGUAUGCUUUUGAAAUUCAACCAACUGGAACUGGAUCAAUAAUUAUUUUCCAGUCUGCGACAAUGGUUGUUGACAGCUAACGUGAAGGAGAUGUUAACUUACGGCAUUUGAGUUCGUUUUGUUUUGGAUUAGUGGCCACAUAGCAGUUCCCACACGGAGGCUAGGCUUCAUUUAGUGGGCAUUAUGUUUCAGUGCUGCACUUAUCAAUUACAAAAAUUGAUAGGCACUCUAACUGUUAUUUUUAAUGUCUUGCUUUGUUUUGUUUUUUUCAAACUAGAAAGCCUUCAAAUUAUUUGUUAACGAUAAACUACAUGUAAAUCUGGACAGUGAUGACUAUGCGUUUUCAUCCAUGAUGAAGGAAUGUUUAGAGAACAUUGGACGUGAAGUAGACAAGUAG